AUGGCGGCGCUGGCGGUGUCCGGGCUCCGGCCCUGGCUCCAUUCCCUGCCCUGGGACCGGGGGGAGCAGGACAGGCUCCUGCCCCGUUCCCUGCCCCGGCUCCAUUCCCCGCCCUGGGACCGGGGGGAGCAGGACAGGCCCCUGCCCCGUUCCCUGUCCCGGCUCCAUUCCCUGCCCUGGGACCGGGGGCAGCGGGACAGGCCCCUGACCCGUUUCCUGCCCCGCAGCAUCGAGCUGGACGAGCCGCCCCUGGUGCACACGGCCGCCAGCCUCUUCAAGGAGAUGUGUUACCGCUACCGCGAGGACCUCAUGGCUGGCAUCAUCGUCGCCGGCUGGGACAGGCGCAAGGGGGGGCAGGUGUUCGCGGUGCCCAUGGGCGGGAUGAUGGUUCGCCAGCCCUUCUCGGUGGGCGGCUCGGGCAGCUCCUACAUCUACGGCUUCGUCGACGCCUCCUACAAGCCGGGCAUGAGUCGGGAGGAGUGUCUGAGCUUCACGGCCAAUGCGCUGGCGCUGGCCAUGGAGCGGGACGGCUCCAGCGGUGGGGUGAUCCGGCUGGCCGCCAUCACGGAGCAGGGCGUGGAGCGCCAGGUCGUCCUGGGCAACCAGCUGCCGCGCUUCUCCUCCCCCUGAGGGGGGCCCCGCCCCGACACCCCCCUGCAACGCACAGAUUAAACUAUCGGAACCCAC